ACUCGUAAUAAAUCUAACAACAGAUAGCGCCAGUAAGUUUGAAAAAAAUGGCGGGUACUCAAGUUGUUGAUGCAAUUAAAUUAAAAGGUUCAACAGAUAUUGUUGCUGAAUACUUUUAUUAUGGUGUCAACAAUAUUCUCUAUCAACGUGGAAUCUAUCCGCCAGAAUCUUUUUCAGAGGAAAAGAAAUUUGGGUUGUCCUUGUUUGUGUUUGAAAUUGAAGAACUGAAGAAGUACUUUGAUGAUAUAAUGUCACAUGUCAAAGAAUGGUUGGCCAAUAUGAUGUUAGAGAAAUUGGUGGUUGUUAUCCGAUGUGCUGAUACUAAUGAAGUCUUGGAACGAUGGCAGUUUGAUGUAGAAGAUGACCGUCCAGGCACUAAAGAAAACAGUAAUCCUGCGCCAAAGAGUGAAAAGACAGUUCGAGAAGAGAUUAGAGCUGUGAUGCGACAAAUAACAGCCACCGUGACAUUUCUGCCCCUACUUGAGACUCCCUGUAACUUUGAUGUAUUGGUCUACACUCAUAAAGAUUUGGAAACUCCAGAAAGCUGGGGUGAAACUGGCCCACAAUUCAUUGCCAAUUCAAGCCAAGUUCGUAUGCGUUCUUUUACUACAAAAAUACACAAGGUGGACACUUGUGUGUCAUACAAAAAGACUGACUGAUGCUGCAGCGUGAGACUUGUAUAGAAGAUUGUUGUGAUUGAUACUGGUAGCAAUGAUUGAAUUACUCAACAGAAUGAAAGCAAGCCUGUAACUAAAUAACAGUAACUUGGUAUUAUAGUUCUGUCUCCAAAUCUAUUAUCUUACAUGUAUAUAAUAAAUAAAUUUUGCAUUAA